CACAUAGAUGUAAUAUAUUAUAACUAAUGUUGUUGUAUAUAUCUGUGGUUGUGCACUACAUCGUUAUUUUCAUUUAAGUGACUAUGAUAUUUGUCCUAUGUCUUGACCAACGUGGCUCUAAUUUAUUUUAAGUGUUAUUGGACAUUGGCGCGUUUCUACAUAAAUAAUGAAAACCUUUAAAUCAAGAGUCUAAUUUAUACUUGUUGUUGAGAACGGAGCUUGGCUAGGGUGCUGCUGUCUCAUCAUAGCUGUUGAGUUAAAGAAGUGAAGAACUAGCUAAGAAUUAUAAUUAUAAUGGAUAAUUAUAACUGCGGGACUGUGAUCAAAAUAGAGGAAGAAAAUGAUGAAUUAAACGAGCAAUUUACCGGAUCCUUAGUGAAAAAAACAAAACCGAAUAACAUUGAAAAAACUUACAAGAAUUGUCUGACAACCCACAACAACCCUCAAAAAAAUAUCAACCAAAACACAUAUAAUGUCGGAGAAAUUUGCAAUGAAAAAAUAGUGAAAGUCGAAGUUGACCUAGUAAAUGGACUUUGCUUCGAGUCUGUGAUUGAAAUUGAAAAAAAUGUUCUUUUGGAUGUACAAACAUCAAAUUACAGUUUGGAGGAGAUACAGUCAUUUGAGUGCGAUAUAUGCAAAAUGUCAUUUUCUACAAAAAGGAAAAUUGCCCGACACAUCACACAUUCACAUAGUGCACAAUUGUCAAACCAGAAAAGCACUGGAAAACAAGUCGUUGAAAAUACUUUUAUGAACAAAUGUACGAGAAAUGAGGCGAAUAAAACUGAUGAUUGUUAUUUCGAAUCAAGGAUUGAAACAGAUUACAAUAAACAAACAGCAUCGAAUUAUAGCAGUUUAACAAGCGGUCGGUUAUUCCAAUGUUAUUUAUGUCAAAUGUCGUAUACCACUAAAACGCAAAUAACUUUACAUAUCAUGAAAUCCCACAAAAGUUCUACGAACAAACACUGUUCUCGUAAACCAAUUAACAUCAGUCCGUCCUAUAAAUGUGAAGUGUGUUCAAAGUCGUUUCCUAAAAAAUACUAUCUCAAAAUACACGAACGUGUGCACACUGGAGAAAAGCCCUACAAAUGUUAUGUGUGCUCGAAGUCAUUUUCUCACACAUCCACACUCACAAUACACAAACGUUUGCACACUGGAGAAAAACCCUACAAAUGCGAUGUUUGUUUAAAAUCAGUUUCUGAUAAAGCCGACCUCGUAAAACACAUGCGCGUGCACACAGGUGAAAAGCCUUACAAAUGUAAUGUUUGCCUUAAAUCAUUUUCUUUAAGUUCCUCUCUCACUAAACACAAACGCGUGCACACUGGAGAGAAGCCCUUCAAAUGUGUUAUAUGCUUAAAGUCAUUUUCUGAUACUUCUUCCUUAACAUCACACAAACGAGUGCACACUGGAGAAAAGCCCCACAAAUGUGACUUGUGCUCAAAGUCGUUUAGUUCAAAAUCAGGACUCACUAAACACAAACGCGUGCACACUGGAGAGAAGCCCUUCAAAUGUGUUAUAUGCUCAAAGUUAUUUUCUAAUGCGUCUUUCUUAACACGACAUAUACGCAUGCACACCGGUGAAAAGCCCUACAGCUGUGAUUUGUGUUCAAAGUCCUUUUCUGUACAAUCCAACCUCACAACCCACAAACGUGUACACACUGGAGAAAAACCCUACAAAUGUGUUGUAUGCUUAAAGUCAUUCUCUGAAAACUCAAAACUCACAAAUCACAAACGCAUACACACUGGGGAAAAUCCCUUCAAGUGUGUUGUAUGCUUAAAGUCAUUUUCUACAAGCUCAAAACUCAGACAACACGAACGAGUGCACACUGGAGAAAAGCCCUACAAAUGCGAUAUAUGCUUAACGUCAUUUUCUCGAAAAAGCCACGUCGCACAACACAAACUGUUGCACACUGGAGAGAAGCCCUAUAAAUGUGAUGUGUGUCUCAGGUCUUUUAAUCAAAAUUCGUCCCUCACAACGCACAAACGCGUGCACACUGACCAAAAGCCCUACAAAUGUGAUGUAUGCCUAAUGUCUUUUAAACAUAAUGAAACACUUAUAAUACAUAAACGCGUACACACUGGAGAAAAGCCUUAUAAAUGUGACGUUUGCUUUAAGCUUUUUGCUCAGAACUCUAACCUCAGAAUACACAAACGCUUGCACACUGGUGAAAUGCCUUAUAAAUGUAAUUUGUGUUUAAUGUCAUUUUCUCAAAAAUCCAACUUAACACGACACGUACGCAUGCAUACUGGCGAAAAACCUUAUAAAUGCGACGUGUGCUCAAAAACAUGUUCUCAAAGAAAAAACCUCAUUAUACACAAACGCGUGCAUACUGGAGAAAAGCCUUAUAAAUGUGAUAUAUGCUCAAAGACAUUUUCUCAACAACCCCACCUCAAAAAACACAAAUGCGGUCCACCGGCAUGAGAAUCUUAAAGGUUUAUAUAAUAUAUGUAUUUACCCUGCAGACUUCUUAGUGAUUGUUUGACAUGUUUUAUUUAUAUUUUUAAUGUAUUAUUAUUAUUGGACAUAUUGUAUUGUUUUGUU